AUAUGGAGCACAUACAACCAAGUGCGGUGCAGUCUAAACUAGCAAUGGUCACAGCAAAUUAUCGUUAUUAUUUAAUCAACACUGUCAAGUACAAGUAUAUUAAUGUUAUAAUAUUGUAGAGAACAAGCUAAUGAUGAAUUAUAUGUCAGUUUUAAUGACAUCAGGCAAAGAAAAGGACAUUUGGACAUGAAUUUUGUAGCUCCCUCUUGAAUUGACCAUUUCUCUCAACAUUCAUCAGAGGCUUUUAUCCAAAGCGAGUUACAAUAAAACCUGCUGUCGUUUAUGUAUGGGUGGUGACGGGAAUCGAACCCACUACCCUGGCGUUGCAAGCGUCAUGCUUUAUCAACGGAACUACGAAGGAGCACUUCAACGUCAAUAGAACGUUGAUUGACAAGCAAUUUUAACGGAUUCUAAAAGGAAUCAUAUAAUUCCAAACUAAUUUCUAUGGCAACACAUUUGUCCAUUUUGUAAACAAUCAUUUUCGAACGUGUGUUGCCAAGAUACAUCUAACCGACGUUCUAUGGAACGUUUUCUGUGCGAAAACAACAACUUCUGUUUGCUGCUGACAACAAACUGGAUUGAUUUUUCAGACCUGAGAACAAUCGACUGGAAAAUGCCUGGGUGCUUUUCAAGACUGGUGGAGAGAAUGCGUGGACGUCUGCGGCCUACUGCGUCGACAGGUUCUUCAAACUCAUUUGUGGCUUGUUUUUCUUGUCUUUUUCUGUUUUGCAGGGUUCGUGAUCGUCGACAGAUGGACAGUGACAGCGACUUCGAAGAGGAAACAACUGUCCUGGAUGAGGUCCAGUUGGAUGUGUCAUUGGAUGUUCCACAGCUGCCAGUCCUUGAUGUCCAGAAUGCUGCUAUCAUCCUUGAGGAUGUGCCAGAUGUGCAGACCAUCUUUGAGGAGGCCACUGGCAAUUGGCAGUUGAUUCUGAUUAGGUUCAGCCCCCUGUACUGUGGGCCUGUUGUGAUCAAGAACAAUGCCGGUCCGGUGGUUAUAGCUUGGAGAACUUUCCGGUUCAUCAGCCCCAUCAUCACCUACAUGCGUGGGGGAUCCCAGCAGGUGGUGGUGAGGAUGCACCACGUGAGUAGGGUGAGAGGCCUGGAGACUCAACUGGUGUGGGCCAUCUCCAAGGAGACAGCCAGGCUUAGUCCAGAGGGCAUCCCCUACUGUGCCACCAAAGUGCAGUCCAUCACUUGGAUCCAGCGUGUGGCUGGCAGGGUGACCCACUAUGCGUCUCACCUCCGCCACGAGACGUCUGUGGACGUGACGCUUGGCUGCUACCAGCAGACUGAUGUCUCAGUGGUGUACACCACUCUCCACAUGGGGCUGGACGGGCUUCUCUCCUCUUCAGCGUGGUCGGAGGCUGCCUCCUUCUCUACGCCCACCACUCAGCACUUCACUGACCCAGAGCCUGAGGGCCACAACUGCUAUGAGGGCUGGGAGGAGGACCUGCUGCCUGAGGAGAGGGAGGUUCCUCUGCUAAACCUCUACCUUACCACCAAGAGAGUGGAGGACAUCGCCCUGAGGCUCGUCUCCCUGCGCCAGGCCUUCACUACCCUGCUUGGUUCCACCCUGAGCAGGAACCAUCUGUUUGUGGCGGGAAAGGUCCUCCUGGGCGCACUGGUUCAGGCCAACCACAUGGACGAGGCCAAGUUCAUAAGUACCUACAACGACUUUGUGGACUACCUGAGUGACCCCUCCAAGUGGAAUGACAUUGAGAGGGAGCUGGCUGAGGCAAAGAUCCAUCAUGUGAACAUGAUAGAUGUCCUCUUUGAGCUGGUGCUGUUUGGGAUGAUGACAGCUCAGAAGUCCCUGAUGGUGCAUCCUGGUGGGUUCGUGGAGCGUCUGUACGCUCUCCUGUACUCCUUCCUGCCCACUGCUGCCAACAUGGAGCCAGAGGCUGACAGAUACCUGCUGCAGCUCAGUGAUUUUUGUGACACUUUGCCACCCAACAGGGAUCUAGACACCAAUGCACUACAUUACUUUGCACUGAUUUUUACAUUUUUAAAUAAAAUAAGUUGUAGUUCAAAAACAUUUUGCCUCAAUUCGUCGGGGCAUGGACUCUACAAGCUGCCCUAA